AUGCCUCCGGACGAAAUCUUUGACCUGAACCGCGCCUUCGCGCACGACGACAAUCCACAAAAGGUCAAUCUCACUUUGGGAGCCUAUCGUACGGACAACAGCCAGCCUUGGCCUCUUCCAGUGGUACAGGAAGCUGAGAAAGGUCUCUUGGCCAAAGCUGACAUUUUUCGCCAUGAAUAUACGUCCAUUGAAGGCGAUGCGGCCUUUCUUCAGCGCGCCAGAGACUUACUGUUUGGAUUCAGCAACAAUUCCUCUCGCAAUGAGAAGCAGGACGCAACCAAGGCUCGUAUCAGCUCGGUGCAGACUGUUGCAGGCACCGGCGCGAAUCACCUCGGCGCCCUCUUCCUUGCGAAACAUCUGAAGCCACGAGCCGUCUGGCUCUCAGAUCCGUCUUGGGAUAACCAUCAGAGAAUUUGGGAGCUUGUCGGUGUCCCCCGCAAGACCUACCCUUACUACUCGGCCGCCACGCAUUCAUUGGACUUUGCCGGGAUGAUGGCUACCCUUGAAGCCGAAGCGCAUGAGCACGAUGUUGUCCUUCUUCAGGCUUGCGGCCAUAACCCGACUGGCGUGGACCUGAGCCAAGAGCAAUGGAAAGCCCUUGCUGAGCUGAUGGAAUCCAAGCGCUUGUUUCCAUUCUUUGAUUCCGCCUACCAGGGUCUCGCUUCGGGGUCGACCUACAAAGAUACCUGGCCCAUCCGGCAUUUCCUGAGCAAGAAACCGAUCAUGGAUUUCUGCGUCGCACAGAGCCUGUCCAAGAACUUUGGUCUGUACGGCCAGCGUGUCGGCGCAUUGCACUACGUCCUGGGCCAUGAAACACCCAAUAACCCUGGGAUCAUUGGCAACAACCUUUGCCAUCUAAUCCGCAGCGAAUACUCCGUGGCGCCAAGGGGGGGCAGCAACAUCGUCAAGGAAAUCCUCUCUGCUCCCGGACUCAGCGCCAAAUGGCAUGGUAACGUUAGGACAAUGAACCAACGGCUCACAUCAAUGCGGGAAGCUCUAUACGAGGCGCUGGUCAAGCAUGCAGCACCAGGACUCUGGACACAUAUCAUUGAACAACGCGGCAUGUUUUCCUACACCGGCCUCAGUCCGACGCAGAUCGACGUCCUGAGGACCAAGUACCACAUCUAUAUGCUCCAAUCGGGGAGAAUAUCGAUCAGCGGCUUGAGUGGGAAGAAUGUCGCGUAUGUUGCAAAAGCGAUAGACAAUGUUGUGAGGAGCUGCUGA